AAAAAUAAAAUCACCUCUCUCUCUCUUUCUCUCUUUGUCUACAUUGCUUCUUUCGGGUGAUGGUCAUAAGAUGCAAAUUAAUUGUCAGAGUUAGUCACCGAUGAUCAACGGAGUCUGCUCCACCUCCUCCUGAAUUUUCAGAUUCCAUCGGUGAAUGCCUUAUUGAGGUAAUACAAGCAACAAGACUUUAUCAAAUGGGUUCGGUGGGCAUAGCGCCUACUUCUGGCUUAAGGGAAUCAAGCAGCCAUGCUGUGGGGGUUGAUAGGUUGCCUGAAGAGAUGAAUGACAUGACAAUCCGGGAUGACAAGGAAAUGGAAGCAACAGUUGUGGAUGGUAAUGGGACUGAGGCAGGCCACAUAAUUGUGACUACAAUUGGUGGUCGAAAUGGCCAGCCAAAGCAGACCAUUAGUUACAUGGCUGAACGUGUCGUCGGGCACGGAUCAUUUGGAGUAGUGUUUCAGGCGAAAUGCUUAGAAACAGGAGAAACAGUGGCCAUAAAGAAGGUUCUUCAAGACAAGAAAUACAAAAACCGUGAGAUGCAAACCAUGCAUCUCCUUGACCACCCAAAUGUUGUGUCCUUGAAGCACUGCUUCUUCUCUACAACUGAAAAGGAUGAACUAUAUCUUAAUCUGGUACUCGAGUAUGUCCCAGAAACUCUUCAUCGUGUUGUCAAGCACUAUAAUAAGUUGAACCAGAGGAUACCGCUGAUAUAUGUCAAGCUAUAUACUUACCAGAUAUUCAGAGCAUUGUCUUAUAACCACCAUGCUAUUGGAGUGUGUCACCGGGAUAUCAAGCCUCAAAAUUUACUGGUCAAUCCACAUACCCACCAGAUUAAAUUAUGUGAUUUUGGGAGUGCCAAAGUUUUGGUUAAGGGGGAGCCAAAUAUAUCUUACAUCUGCUCUAGGUAUUAUAGAGCACCCGAGCUUAUUUUUGGAGCGACUGAGUAUACUACAGCUAUUGACAUUUGGUCUGCUGGCUGUGUGCUGGCUGAGCUUCUUCUUGGGCAGCCUUUGUUUCCUGGUGAGAGUGGCGUGGACCAACUUGUUGAGAUUAUUAAGGUUUUGGGUACUCCAACCAGGGAGGAAAUAAAAUGCAUGAAUCCUAACUAUACAGAGUAUAAAUUCCCACAAAUUAAAGCUCAUCCGUGGCACAAGAUAUUCUACAAACGCAUGCCUCCAGAAGCUGUUGAUCUUGUUUCAAGACUGCUACAAUACUCUCCUAAUUUACGUUGCUCAGCUUUGGACGCUUUGACCCACCCCUUCUUUGAUGAGCUACGUGAGCGAAAUACCCGUCUGCCAAAUGGACGUUUUCUUCCUCCACUUUUCAAUUUUAAGCCUCUUGAGUUGAAGGGUGUGCCAGCAGAGACCCUGGUGAAGUUGAUUCCCGAGCAUGCCAGAAAGCAGCGUCCUUCCAUUGGAUUAUGAUCUCUCUUUGGUAGGAGACGAACCAGUGUUUUCCAUAUUGACAUCAUGUGUCUUUUGCAAGUCUGUUUGUUUCUCUUUUCCACCUUGUGUUUAUGUUCAUCAUGCCCCUGUCCGCCAUCAAAUUGUAACAUUAUGUGGGUAAGGAUGGCUCUUUUUAUAAACAAAGAUGUUGGGAUUUCAAGUAAUUUCUUGUUUAAGGUUCACAUUCUCCUUUUUCUUGCUCA